GUCGAUAUGAAGAAUUGCUAGAUCCAUUUGAAGAUUCUAAUUGGAGUCCUGGUAGUUUGGCCAAUGCAUUCUAUAGUGGUUUAUUUGCUUAUUCUGGUUGGAAUUAUUUAAAUUGUAUGAUUGAAGAAAUGAAAAAUCCUCGUAAACAUUUACCUAUAGCUAUUGUUAUAUCAUGUUUACUGGUGACUAUAGUUUAUACAGCUGCUAAUGUAGCUUAUGUUACUGUUGUUCCAGUGGCAGAGAUUUUAACUACAAGAGCUGUAGCUGUGGUAAGUUUAUUUGAUUGA